AUGACAUCGACCCAAAUUGACAGUACCGUUACCAGUCGUCCCAAAUCUGCGGACUGGGCGAUUGAAGUAUCCAACUUGAAUUUCAGUUAUGGCGGACCAUUCACAUUGAAUGACGUUGAGUUUAGACUGCAGAGAGGAAGCAGGUGUUUGCUAGUUGGGGCGAACGGGGCUGGCAAAUCAACAUUAUUAACAAUACUGGCAGGCAAACGAAUGGUCAGAGAUAAAGUCCUCGUCUUUGGCAAGGAUGCCUUUAAUGACUCGCCGCCUGGUGUAACAUAUCUAGGAACAGAAUGGGUUAAUAAUCCUGUUGUCCGCGGAGACGUCCGUGUAUCCACUUUGCUUUCCAAGAUGAAUGGUGAUAGGUAUGCCGAACGUCGAGAUCGCUUGAUUAAAAUCAUGGACAUUAAUCCCGACUGGCAUAUGCACCAGGUAUCUGAUGGGGAAAGACGAAGAGUGCAAUUGGUUUUGGGUUUGAUCAAGCCAUGGGAGCUGUUAUUAAUGGAUGAGGUUACAGUUGAUCUGGACGUGUUGGUUAGGGCGGAUUUAUUAAGGUUCUUGAAAAGAGAGACAGAAAUACGAGGCGCUACUAUCGUCUAUGCAACCCAUAUAUUCGAUGGACUUGGUAGUUGGCCAACUUGUGUAUCGCACAUGAAACGUGGACGAAUAGUUUCCAGUUACGAAUUUUCUAAUUUUCCUGAAUUGGAUGCAGUUAUAGCCGAACAAGUGCAACUGCGAUCUACUCUCUCCUCAACUGCAUUGCGUAAGCACAUGGACUCGCCAUUGUUAAUAGUUGUUGAGCGCUGGUUGAGAGAGGAUCUUCAAGAACUCCGGGCCCUAAAAGACGCGAAUAAUGAAAAGGACAAAGCCCUUCUUGGUGAAGCUAAACCGAGAACCAGAUGGGAUGAAUUGGAAGAGGAUGUGGACAAUUAUGGGGAUAAAUAUUACAAUUAUUGGAGAUAG